AAGUCACAAACAUUCUCAGGUUGUCCAAAGCUUUCAGCUUUGAGCCCCUUCAGCGUUUGUUUAUCAGCCCCCGCCAUCAGCGAGAUUGAGAGUGAGUUCUCAGCGAGCAGCGAUAGCGAGAGUGUUUUCAGCGCCUUCCGCGUGGCCUCUUGCCAUGGCGGGCUUCUUUUCCACUUUUCUGGGGGUGUUUGAGAGGUACAGCGCUGUCGUGAGGGGCGCUGUCUACGGGGGCAUGACCCCCCUCUUCAGCAGCUGGGAUGAUCUCUCAUUUGACGAUCUGCUGGUAGAGGUGGGGCGGGGGAUUGCGCUGGGCGCCCUGCAGGGACUCCUUGGGGAUGAGGAGGGGGGGCAGGAGCUUUGCCAGCAGGAGGGGGGGAAGGAGGAAAUGGUGAUGGAGGUUGGGGGGGAGGAGGGAGAGGAGUUCUUGGGGGGAGAGGAGAGAGAGGAGGAGAUCGCGGAGGGAGCAGAGGUGGAGCAGGGUCUCCCAAGCGGGGAGGAGGAGGGACAGCAGGCCAGCCCUGCGUACUCUAUGGAGGAUGCUGACCAGCAGGUAGCAUUCUCCGGGCCCUCUGAGGCGGUUCCCUGCCCCCCCUCCGCUGCCCCCCUGGUCUCACACGAUGCCCCGAGCAGUCACGCACACGACCAGGGGGACAGCGGCAGGGCGUGGGAGGCCCCCCUCGAGGUUGCCUUGGACGGGGUGGGUUUGUUCAGCGCCGACGCAUUCGCACCCCCCGAGAGCACUCCCCCAGGGUUCGGCGUCUUCUCCGGCCCUGACUUUGACCUGGAGGCGCUCCCCAUGCCUAGCCCACACGCCCUAGGCGCCCAGUCUAGUUCCCCCCGCUCCGCCCCCCUAGCAGAGACUGUCACACUCUUUGAGGCACUCCCCGGUAGCGACGUGCUAGCGGCCCCCCCGCUUUCGUCCUGGAGUGAGACCGGUAUUGAGUCCGUGGAGACGGUCGCGGGUCACGUCAGCGAGGGGGAUGAGGAGCACGGGAUUGGGGGUGCGCUGGUUGAUAAGGAGGUGGGGGACUCGCGGUGGCAGAGGGCGGGGGACACGGCGCUGACUCAGCAGUGGCUGCAGCCUCAGGAGCCGGCAACGGACCCAUACGCGUUCUUGGUCGCAGCCGGCCUUGAGUUCUACCCGAAGCUUUCCAUUCUGCAAUUGCUGGGCAGGGGGGGUCAGGGGAUUGUGUGCUCCACCAAAGCACUCAACUCUCAGGGCGAGUGUCGCAUCCUGGCUGCCAAGUUCCUUUUCUGGGGGUCAUUGGUAGAGGCGCAGAAUCUGAUCCAGUGCCGCGCUUGCCCCGACAUCAUUCGCCUGGAGGGCUACACUCUGGAUGGGGGAGAGCUCGGCCUGCUGUUCGAGCUCGCGGACUCCCCCCCGGAGUGGAGCAUUGCCGGUGCCCCCCCCAAGUUCACCCCCGCCCGGCUGUACCAGAUUGCGCGGGACAUGGGGCACGUGGCGGGAGCGCUCGCGUGGCUGCACGAGCACGGCUUGAUCCACCGGGACAUCAAGCCGGAGAACAUUCUCGCCAAGGACGGGGUCGCCAAGCUGGCGGACUUCGGACUGGUGACUUCCGUUGAGGAGGCGGCACAGGGCGGCGACUGCGGCACGCAUGGCUAUAUCGCCCCGGAGGUGUACGUGGAGCGUUGCCACAGCCCCGCGUCGGACAUCUUCGCUGCGGGCGUGACGCUCCACAACCUGCUCACCGGGACCCGCCCCUGCUUCGAGUUCCCCAACGUCGAGGCCCUGCGCGACCAUUUCGACGAAGGCCUGCGGUACACGUGGCCGUCGGACAUCCACCCGUUCGGCUCCGAUCUGGUGGCGCUGGUCGAGCGCUGCUGGCACACGCUGCCCGACGAGCGGCCCACCGCGGCCGCCCUGCAAAAGGCGCUGUUACACAUUUCACAGAACCUGAGCUGGCUGGCACGCGCGACAGCGGCCGCGUGACCGGUGGACGUUUGGCGAGGUUUUAGGGACGGUUUAGCGAGGGUUCGGCGACUUUGGGGCGGCUUUGACGGCGGGGGUUACCAGCGAUGAUUUGGGGGGUUUCGGAGCGAAUUUGCAGAAAGUGAAGCGAGGGGUUUGAGGUGGGGAGUUCAGAGCGUUUGUCGUGUACAGCGAAGUUUCGGGGUUGCUUUGGAGCGGGUUGACACGUGCGAGGGGUUUGCCGAGGGUUGAGAGAUUUUGGACUUGUGAAUGAUGGCUUGGUUUAGAAUAGGAGGCCUUGCAGCUGCGCGCGGCGUUGGACUGGAUGAGAUCGACCUUAACCUGCUUUCGGAGAUUGUCAACGUCUUUCCGGGGCGUUUCGGGUUUGACGGGGCGAGUUGCUAGGUGACGCAGGGAUCAGUUGAUUUUCAUUGAAAGUCACAGGAUGGGAAAACUCAUGGUCCAAAGAACUGUAGCUAAUUGAUCUGCUUACAGCGAUAGGACCGGCAAGAACAUUCUUUACGGAUACUGCCAUUACAGCUUCUGUAGUCGAGUUAGGACAGCUUGGACCGCCACCGAAACAUUUAGGAAAGCUACAGCAAUUUUUUCAACUGCCAUAUCAAUGGCAGGCAUUUGUUGUUUGAGUUGACACGUAGAAACAAUUGAACACUUGUAAAUUCAAACUGCGAAAGACACUUAUUAGAAGGAUCUGUCGUUGCCGG